CCCCCCCCCCUCCCCCCAUGGUAUCCCACAGAACACGCUAUGCGCCCCACAGCAGGAUGCGGGUGGCCGCCUCGCCCUCGUUCGCCCUCGCUCUCGUCCUCGCCCUCGCCCUCGCCCUCGCCUUCGUGCAGCCUGCACACGGCAAGGCCACCGAUCGUAUCCUCCUGGCUGAUGUCAACUCGCUGAUGUUGCGGGCGGGCGAAAUGACAACGGGCCGGCGGUCGCCGCCAGUGUCGCAGAUCGCGUGCGUUGGCGGGCCAUGCCAAGUCUUCAAGCCCGAGGUCAUCCUCUGCACUAACAUGGGCCCAGGCGGCUUUGGCGGCAACGACAUCUCGUGGAAGUGCGAGGCAUCGCUGCCGUCCAACUUGGUCUUUGGCUCGACGACCGUUACCUGCGAGGGCUACGAGUCGCCGGAUGAUCCGUACGUGCUCAAGGGCUCGUGCGGCGUCAACUACACCAUCAAGCGCGUCGGCAGUGCUUCCCCCACAGGCUACUCGUCGUCCUCUUACUCUGGCUUUGGCUUUGGCUCGAGCUCGAGCUCGAGCUCAGACUCGGGCUCGUCGUUCUUCUGGUGGCUUGUCGUCGCUGGCCUCCUCUACGUGGCUUACAAGUACUUUAUCGCGCCCUCGCCGCCGCGCGCGCCCGGAUCGGGCGGCAGUGGCGGGCACGGCGGCAGCGGCGGUGGUUACGGCGGUGGCGGCGGCGGCGGCGGUGGCGAUGGAUACGGCGGCGGCGGAGGCGGCAACUGCAUGCCACCGCCGUACUCGGGCGCGUCGUAUGCACCACCGCCUGCUGCGCCUGCUGCCGGCGGCGGCAUGUUUGGCGGCUGGGGCGGAUUCCUCGGCGGCAUGGGCCUCGGCUACAUGAUGGGCGGCGGGCGGCGGCGCUACGGCUACGGCGGAGGCUAUGGCUACGGCGGAGGCUAUCGCCGGCCGAUGUUUGGCGGUGGCGGCGGAUGGGGCGGCGGCGGCGGCGGUGGUGGCGGCGGUGGCGCGCCGUCGAUGCGAACCACCACCGGCUAUGGCGGAACCCGUAAUCGUUGAGCUGUGUAAAUCCUCCCCCAAGGUGAGA